AUGGUUGUCAGCUCACUUACCAAUAUGGACACCUUUCCCAACAUUUUUCCUCCUGCUGGAGAUGGUGGACUGACUAGUUCUCAAUCGGAGUUCCAAAAAAUGUUAAUUGAUGAAAGGUUACGAUGUGAACAUCAUAAAACAAAUUAUCAGACUCUGAAAGCUGAACAUUCAAGGUUGCAGGAUGAAUACAUGAAGUCACAGAAUGAACUCAGGCGACUGUUAAAUGAAAAGCAAACUCACCAGGAAAAAUUUCAGCUGCUGAUUGAAGAAUUAAAAGAGGAAUUAAUAGGAAAAACUAAGGACUUAGAGGAAAUGAAGCUACAGGUAUUAACUCCACAAAAACUGGAAUUGUUAACAACCCAAAUACAACAAGAAUUAGAAACCCCAAUGAGAGAGCGUUUUCGGAAUCUGGAUGAAGAAGUAGAAAAGUAUAGAGCUGAAUAUAAUAAGAUGCGUUAUGAACAUACAUUUCUCAAAUCAGAAUUUGAACAUCAGAAAGAAGAAUUUGGACGUAUUUUAGAAGAAGAAAAAAUAAAAUAUGAAUCAGAGAUUGCAAGACUGGAGGAAGAUAAAGAAGAACUACAUAACCAGCUGCUUAGUGUUGAUCCCACAAGAGACAGCAAACGAGUGGAACAACUUGUUAGAGAAAAAGUCCAUUUAUGUCAGAAAGUAAAAGGUUUAGAGGCUGAAGUAGCAGAAUUAAGGGCUGAAAAAGAGAAUUCUGGCGCUCAGGUAGAAAGUGUCCAAAGAAUACAGGUGCGGCAGUUGGCUGAGAUGCAGGCUACAGUUAGAUCCCUAGAGGCUGAAAAACAGUCCUCUAAACUACAGUCUGAACAUUUGGAAAAAGAGCUACAAUCAAGCAAUGAACAAAAUACUGUUUUAAUUGGUAAAUUGCAUAAAGCUGAAAGAGAAGUAAAUAUAUUGACAAGUAAAGUAAAAGAACUUAAGCAUGCAAACAAACUAGAAAUAACAGACAUCAAACUGGAGGCAGCAAGAGCUAAGAGUGAGCUAGAAAGAGAAAAGAAUAAGAUUCAAAGUGAGCUGGAUGGAUUACAGUCAGACAAUGACAUUCUUAAAUCAGCUGUUGAACACCACAAAAUGCUCUUAGUGGAAAAGGAUCGUGAAUUAAUACGUAAAGUACAAGCUGCCAAGGAAGAAGGUUAUCAAAAACUUGUGGCAUUACAAGAUGAAAAGCUAGAACUUGAAAACAGAUUAGCAGAUCUAGAGAAAAUGAAACUGGAACAUGAUGUUUGGAGGCAAUCUGAAAAGGACCAGUGUGAAGAGAAACUGCGGGCUUCACAGAUGGCAGAAGAGUCGGCCAGAAGGGAACUUCAGAGCAUCAGGUUAAAACUUCAACAGCAAUUUGUGAAUAUUGAAAAGGCAGAGAAAGAAAAAAAUGAAAAUUCUGACCUAAAACAGCAAAUCAGUAGUUUGCAGAUCCAAGUGACCUCACUUACACAGUCAGAGAAUGAUUUGCUGAAUUCAAAUCAAAUGCUGAAGGAAACGGUGGAGAGGUUAAAGCAGGAAUGCCGAAAUUUAAGAAGCCAAGCUGAAAAAGUGCAACUAGAAGUUGAAAAGACAUUGGAAGAGAAACAAGUUCGGUGGUUAGAAGAAAAGCAUAAACUUCAUGAGCGUAUCACAGACAGAGAAGAAAAGUAUAAUCAAGCUAAAGAGAAACUGCAGCGAGCUGCAAUUGCCCAGAAAAAGAGAAAAUCUCUUCAUGAAAACAAAUUGAAGAAACUUCAGGAGAAAAUAGAAGUUUUGGAGGCAAAGAGAGAAGAACUAGAAACAGAAAACCAGGUGCUAAAUAGACAAAAUGUUCCAUUUGAAGAAUAUACAAGGAUUCAAAAAAGAUUAAAGGAUAUACAAAGAAGACAUAAUGAAUUUAGAAGUUUAAUUUUGGUUCCUAAUAUGCCUCCCACAGCAUCUGUUAAUCCUGUUAGUUUUCAGUCAUCAAACAUAGUUCCAGGCAUGGAACUAUCCUUUCCUCCUCAUCUUCAGGAGGAACAGCAUCAAAGGGAACUCUCUCUACUGCGUAAAAGAUUAGAAGAACUAGAAACAACACAAAGAAAACAACUAGAGGAACUUGGAUCUCCUGGGGAGUGA